ACUCCUCCCAGUCUGUCUCACACUGAUACUGACCCACUGCACACUCCUCCCAGUCUGUUUCACUGUAACAUUGAUUUGAUGCACACUUAUUCGGUUGUGCAACUUUAGCAAAGGUAUCAAAGGUGAUGAAGGAUAGAUGGGAAUGUGAAAUUCUGAACACAACCAGAUCAGCCACAAACAUAUUGAAUGGCAGAGCAGACCCAAAAUGUUGAGUCGUCUGCUUCUGCUCCUACAUUGUAUGUUCAUAUGUAGCUCAUCCCUGAAAUUCAUCACUGCUUCUCAGCCUACUCCAGUUUGCCUCUUGUUUUUCAUUCAUCAACUAACCUUCUACGUGUGUUGCUACAUUUCCUCCCAAAGUGUAACAAAAUCAAGAGCGUUCUCCAGGUCAAUCAACAAAGGCAACCAGUCACUUGCAGCCUGCAGUGGAAAAUCUUCAUGGUGCGACCCAAAUUUUUAAAUGAACAGCACGGACAAAGGCUUCUUUGUCGCCACUCCAUGUACAAAAGAGAGAUCUGUGACCUGUCAACCAUGCGGGGAAGGUGAAUACCUGGACCACAGUAAUUCUCAAACAGAAUGUUUAAAACAGAUCGAGUGUGAUAAAAUGAAAGGAUUUGAAAUUCUGCAUAAAGGAGAUUCAGUGACUGCCACACAGUGUAUAUGUAAAGCCAAUUUUCACUGCUCCCAGGAUUGCGAAUACUGCCUCAGAGAUAGUCCGUGCUUCCCUGGUUUUGAAGUGGAGAAGAAAGCAAACCGGAUGUCUGAUACUAAAUGCAGGCCAUGUCCUCCAAUGUACUUUUCAACUGAGACCUCAUUUACCCUGCAGUGUGAAUUGAGGACCAAUUGCACAGCCCUUGGGAUGGAGGAAAAGGUUCCUGGUAAUGCAACUUCUGAUGCAUUAUGCAUUAGUGUUUCAACGCCAUCCAGUUCAGAUUGUGCUCAACAGAGAUUUGCUGAUGCCUGGUGCAGCACUAGAGGGAAACAGAGAAAUGAAAGACACCCACCUGCUGAUCAAGCAAUUGAUAGGUUGCCAAUUGAUAAUCAUCACUGGGAUCCAGAGAGUGAGCUGUUCAUAUCACCCAAGACUCCAAUGAAGGCAACUGAUGAUGUCAGUGGCUCCAUAUUGUCUGCAUUUUCAGAGCAUCCAGUUUCUAACAUUGUUUUGAAUUCUUGCUAUGGAGUUGCGUCCAUGUGCAAUGCCACACAUUCUUCAAGAAUCCCAAGGGAGAAUCCCAAUGGUAAGUGCUACAUUGGAAACCAAGGGGAAGGCUGCAGUGCCACACAUUUGGAAGAUCCAAGCACUGGAAAAUCUGUUAAUCCCUUAUUGCCCUCUGGACAUACAGUGGAAGAACCAACUCAUGGAAUUCUACUCACACAAGAAAGCAAACACGGUGUCAACACAGUCCCCUGCAGAGACUGCCUGGCAGAAUCAUCUGGUAGCCCUUGGACCUUGGGUAGUUCAUCUCCAUUGCCUUCCGGAGAGUCAAACAAGGGUCAUACUGCAAAGUGUGAUUGUCACACAAGUCAUCCAAGUAACUUUUGCAGAUAUAGUCAGAGGUCGGACAAUAUCGACGGACAUAGUUCUAACAACACAGAAUCUGACCACCCAAAUCCAGGCAAUGAAAACAGUCACAAAUCGGGAAAUUCAACGCCAUCUGGAUUUUCUUGCAGAGGUAAUACUACGUACAAUACAAGCGGUCAGUCUGUGCUGAGUGUUGGUGGUUCAGUUGUCUUCAACGUAAUUGUCAAAGUGAAUCACACGGCAGAAGAGGACAGCAGAGGAGAAAUGAAUGACAUAGCUGAUUUUCCCGCAAGGCAAGAAAUCUACAAGGAUAAUGGCAUAUUCCCCACAAGAGAGGCAAAGCCAAGCAGCAGUUGUGAGUUUGAGGCAAAUGCAGGUUUCCCUGUACAGGAAGAAAACUUUGAAGAAAGUGUGUGUGUCCCUAUCCAAGAGGAACAGAACAGCAGUCGUGGCCAAGAGGUGCACAUUCCAGUCCAAGAACAAAACAGCAGGGAAAACGUGGAAGGAAGUCUGGACUUGGCCAGUAGAACAGUCAGACAGGAAAAUUGGGCAUAUCCCAAAGAAAGUGCAUACAUUCCUGUGCAGUAAGAUGGAAAAUCUGAACAUUUAGUCUACAAGGAAUAGAACUGGUGAUGCAAACACAUAGGGUCAAUUUGGUUUUUUUGCAGUUCUGGACUCUGUGUCCUUUGCAAUUUGUGUUAGAAAUAUCUGAAGAUUGUACACUAACAUUCUGAGAGAGGUGCUGCUUAUCUAUUUCUUCUAGAGACAGGUUAUUGAAUUGUUAUGUUUUUGUAUGUUCACCAAGAUGUUUUGUUUUUUCCCUUUACAGCCUAUUGGAAUUAUUUCUCAGUCUCAGAGAAUUCUAAAAAAAAUUUAUGGGACGUGGGCAUCUCUGGCUAGGUCAGCAUUUAUUGUCCAUCCUCAACCAUCCUUGAGAAGCUGGUGAUCGCAGUCCAUAGGGUGCAGGGGCACUCUACAAUGCCUUUAAGGAGGGAGCUCUAGGAUUUUGACCCAGCAACAGUGAAGGAACAGCAAUGUAGUUCCAAGUCAGGGUGGAGUGCUGUAUUUGUGGCAAUGUCAGUUGCAGAGAGAUUUGUUUACAAUACUGUAGAAUAGUAGAACAUUAAAAGGUGGAAAUCUGCACUUCGAUAAAUCAUGUAUUUCUGACAUGUCUUUAACAUUGUAAAAUGUCCCAAAGUGCUUCAUAGGGUCAUUAUUAAACAAAAGGUCAUAUUGAGACAGGUGGCCAAAGGUAUGUUUUAAGAGCAUCUUUGAGAGAAAACUGGAGCUGAGAGGCUCCUAGGUUUAGGCGGGGAGCGGGGUGUGGGGGGUGGUGGGGUGGUGUGAUUCUAUAGCCAGUGGGGGCGCUGGGAGCCUAGGAGGUAUCAGAGGUAGAUUCUUCACUCAGAGAGUGGUGGGUAUGUGGAAUGCGCUGCCGGCAGUGGUAGUGGAGUCAGAUACUUUAGAGACUUUUAAACAACUCUUGGAUAGGCACAUGGAGGAUAGUAAAAUGUCGGGUAUGCAGGGUAGAUUGAUCUUAGUAGGCCUGUACUGUGCUGUACUGUUCUAUGUUCCAUGAAACUGAAGGCAUGGCUGCCAAAGGUGAAGCAAUUACAUUUAGGGAUGCUCAAUUUUUAUUGACAAUUCUCUCUACAGCAAAUUUUCACAACCAUAAUAAGAAAGCAACUCAAAUUAAAACACUAACACAUGCAUUUUCAAACAAUAAGUCAAUCACCAAAUAUUUACAUAGGUGGAAAGGAAAUUCUGUCAUUGUGCAUAGUUGGGGGCGGAGUUAACAGUUUGGGAAUCUUUCACCACUAUUGGAAUGAAGAGACGGGAAUGUACAGGGUGGAUGAGGUGAUUAUUAUAAAAAUUGUGGGUCCACCUAUUGGUAAAAGUUAUACAGGCCAUGCCUUUAUUAACAUAUUCCAAGAGAAAUAAACUAAUGAAGUAAAAUUCCACUUAUGCAGAGCAUUUGAGAUGGGCAAUAAAGUUGCACAUAACUCAAAAGAUUUGAUUGUGUACUACUAUAACAUAAUUGGAACAAAGGGAUAAAUGUUCAUUCUCCAGGGAUUUGCAUCUUUUUAUUUUAUAUUGAUGUAAAUUUUGUUCGAUCAGCUUUGAGUGUAAUUUGCAAAGAUACCAUGCUUAAACAGAUAUGUUACAAAGUAUAACCUUGGGUCUUGACUUCCCAAUGUUCAUUUUGUUGAACUUGGUAAUUGACUAGAAAGACCACAUGUGAAAAAGUACUUGUUUGACACUUGGUUUCAUUUAAAGCUGGUAACUUACAGGAAGCCAAAGCAAUGGCAAUCUUCUCUAUCAGUGAAUAAAAACCAAAAGAACUGCGGAUGCUGUAAAUCAGGAGGGAAAAAACAGAUGUUGCUGGAAAAGCUCAGCAGAUCUGGCAGCAUCUUGAAGAAAAAUCAGAAUUAACAUUUUGGGUCCAGUGACCCUUCCUCAAAACUGAUGGUAGCUGGGAAAACGUGGGUUUAUAUGCAGAAAAUAGGGAGGGGGAUGGGAUAGGGAGUAAAGAAUAGGAUACAGCCCAAAGAGAGAGAAGAACAGACAAAGGAGUUGAUAAUGAUCUGGAAAGGAGAGUGAGUGGUUGUUAAUGGACACUGUUAGUGAUUAACAAUAGGUAGUGUGUUAUCAACUCCUUUGUCUAUCCAACUGUUCUCUCUCAUCGGGCUCUAUCCUAUCGUUUACUCCCUACCCCAUCCCUCUCCUUAUUUUCUGCAUAUAAACCAACAAUUUCCCAGCUACCAUCAGUUCUGAGGAAGGGUCACCGGACCCGAAACAUUAACUCUGAUUUUUGUUCACAGAUGCUGCCAGAUCUGCUGAGCUUUUUCCAGCAACUUCUGUUUUUUUCUCUAUAUUGAGCAAUAUUGAUUGGGUUUAGAGAAUUCUUGUUUGAGUUGAGAAAUGAAAUCCCAAGUUCUACACUGCAAGUGAUCGCAGAGAUUGAAAAGAAGAUGGAAAAUGAUGAAGCGAUGUACUGUGUUUAAAAACCUGAUGAGAGGGUUGACUUGUUCACUGAAAGCAGUAACAGGUGUUAAUAAAGCCAUUUCUAAAAAAAAAA